UGGACGUAACCAUAUACAUUAUACACCGAACCACAUUAAAUUCUCUAUGUCUAUUUUUCUGUCUUUUAUUUUUUCCUUUAUUGUCUUGUUACUAAGAGUGAUCACAAGAGCAACAACGAUAUAAUGAUAAUCAAGAGUGAAGAACUCAACUCAUUCUUUCUUCCUUGAACAGAGUCUACUCUCUUUCUUCUUCUUCCCAAAAUGAUGCCUAAACCCGUGAACGUUUUGGCAACAAAGCCCUCACCUUUGAGUACCAUGGUGGUGGUGCUGAUACUCUGCAUUCUGGGUUUCUACGCUCUGCAUUUCCCUCACUCUUCUACACCUUCCUCCUCCUCCUCCUCUCAAAACCUCUCUCAGGUGGAAAAACUUUUUCUCUCCGCUUCCUCAAACUCCACCAUUUCUUCCUACCUCCGCGCUCUCACCCUGCACCCUCACCUCGCCGGAACAAAACCCGGCUCCGACGUCGCCAGCUAUGUCCUCAACCACUUCACUUCAUUGGGACUCAAGACCCACACGGCGACCUACACCACGCUUCUCUCUUUCCCGGUUCACUCCUCCCUCUCAGCGCAUUUUAGCGAAGGCGGCCCCUCGGUGAGCCUCCGCCUCACGGAGCCGGCAGCCGCGGGCGUGGUUCAGGCCUACCACGCGUACUCGCCGUCGGGUGCGGUGCAGGCGCGUGCGGUGUUCGCGAACUACGGGAGGGAGAGGGACUACCGCGCGCUGGGCGCUAUGGGAGUGAACGUGAGCGGGUGCGUGGUGGUUGUGCGGAAGGGCGGGGAGAUGGGGCGCGGCACAGUAGUGGAGAGAGCGGAGGCGCACGGGGCGGCGGCGGUGUUGGUUUACGGCGAGGGUGACACGUGGCGGAAGGGGUUUGAGAGGGGGCACGUGAUGAGGGGAGGAAUAGGGGACCCACUCACUCCUGGUUGGGCUGGGGUUGAGGGUGGCGAGACACUGGGAUUGGAAGAUAGGGAAGUCUUGAAAAGGUUCCCCAAAAUUCCAUCUAUGCCUUUAUCAGCUGAGGUGGCAGACUCUAUUUUGUCCUCUCUUGGGGGUGCUCCUGUGCCUCUUCAAUGGAGGGGCACCCUAAGGUCUAAGGUCAGACAUGUUGGUCCUGGCCCCACCAUCCUCAAUUUCACUUACCAGGGUGAAAAGAAGGUGGCCAACAUUGAAAAUGUUUUUGCUGUCAUAAAGGGGUCAGAAGAACCUGAUCGAUAUGUUCUGCUGGGGAACCACAGAGAUGCAUGGACGUAUGGUGCUGUUGAUCCCAGCAGUGGGACAGCUGCACUACUUGACAUUGCUCGUCGGUUUUCUGUUCUAUUGGGUUUGGGGUGGAAGCCAAGGAGGACAAUAAUUCUCUGCAGUUGGGAUGCUGAGGAAUUUGGGAUGAUAGGAUCAACUGAAUGGGUUGAACAAAACCUUCUUAAUCUGGCUUCCAAAGCUGUAGCAUACCUUAAUGUGGACUGUGCUGUUCAGGGCCCUGGUUUCUUUGUUGGCUCAACUCCUCAGCUAGACAGUCUUAUUCUUGAGGUCACAAAAAAGGUCAAGGAUCCUGAUUCUGAGGGUGUAUCACUAUAUGAGAAUUGGGUUGCUGCUUCUGCUGGAAGCAAUAACAUUCAGAGGCUCAGUGGAGUUGAUUCUGAUUUUGCUCCAUUUGUGCAACAUGCGGGGGUUCCAUCCAUUGAUAUGUAUUAUGGAAGAGAUUUCCCUGUCUAUCACACUGCAUUCGACUCCUAUAACUGGAUGGCAGAGUAUGCAGAUCCAUUCUUCCACCGCCAUGUUGCUGUUACGGGAGUUUGGGGGCUUCUAGCACUUCACUUAGCUGGCGAUCCCAUUCUUCCUUUCAAUUACGUUUCAUAUGCAAAUGAGUUACAGCUAUACAAAAACAUGUUGAGCAACUUGGUAGAUCAGAAAAUUUCCUUACAUCCAUUAACUCUUUCAAUUGAAGAAUUUGCUUCUGCUGCCAAAGAAGCUGAUGAUGAAUCAAAGAAACUGAGAUUGCAGGAAACAGAAGGUUGUGUUUUGGAUAUCAAAAAACGAGCUUUGAAUGAUAGACUAAUGCUUGCUGAAAAAGGGUUCUUGGAUGCAGAUGGACUUCAAGGAAAGCAGUGGUUCAAGCAUCUCGUGUAUGGGCCUUCAAGCAACAAUGAAAGGCUCAAUUUCUUCCCUGGGAUUUCUGAUUCUAUUACUGGUUCUACGGGUGUUACUGAAACAGAAAGGCUAGCAUCAAUUCAACAUGAGAUCUGGAGGGUUGCCAGAGCCAUUCGUCGAGCUGCUUCUGCACUCACAGGAGAAUUCACUUGAAAGCACACGCACAAAAUAAAAAAAAAACUAAUCAAGUUAGAGAAGAUGGAUGAAACCAUAUACGUUUUGAGUGUAAAUAUUACUAGUGUUUCUUUCAGCUGUUACAGGAGCAGGGUUGCUAGUCACAUUUUGAGGUAUAUAACUGUAUAUUAAGGUUUCAGAUAGGAUAUAUAUAUGUAUGCCUCUGCCAGCAGUUUGAAGACAUGUAUGUACACACAGUGAUAGCAGAAUGUGUUUGUAAUGAAUAAUCUACACAAAAUUUUCUACGUUC